AUGGGCUUGACCGCAAUCGAUCAGGCAAGUUCUGAGAUCCGGCCAGAGGACUCGCGUGCGGUUGCAACUCCUGCCCCACCACAACGUCUUGAAACAAUCAAAAACCUGGAGGCUGCUUUCCGUAUCGCUCUUGACAACCCGACCUACCUUGCAGAGCGUUUCCAUCGAUAUGUAUGCGAGACAAUGGACAAAUCCAAAUGGGGCGAGACCCCGGACCCCAUGACGGAAGCUUUUAACUUGGUUAAUAGCCAGGCUCCGGACGCUUUCUAUACCGCAUUCUCCGAUUCCAAGCGGGCCCAGCUGCUGGCUCGCAGCCGUAACUGGAUGGCUGCUUUGAUCAAACUUCGCAAACGUGAUUUGGUAGCGCCUGCUUUGGACUUCUUCCUUCGUAUCCCUGCAACCGAUGCUGAGAUGUUGCAAUCGAAAAUGCAUCCCAUUAUUCGAAUCCUUAGAAAGGGUAAUGAUGAAAUCGCACGAAAAUCCGAGCUUAUAGCUCAAAAGUAUCAUAUUGACCCUGCUGGUCCGGGUGCUGCAACCACACCAAAGCCAGAGCGGAAACCCUCGCCUCCCAGCGAACCGGAGACAUCGAACAAGGGUAUUUUUUCAUUGACAAGCCAUCGCCGUGCUAAGGUCGAGAAGCCCAAGGUCCAGGUUUUGCCGGACCCUCCCAUGCCUGUCCCUGUGAAGUCUGAGCAGCCCGCUCCUGCAAAACAUUUCACGCUGUCCAGUCUACGGGCACAAAUCGGUUCUCAAAAACGCACAUCCCCCCCUGAAGAAGUCGUCGAGGUGCCGGUACCGAAAAAGGCCAAAAGCGGUAAGCGAGUUCACUGGAAGGACGAUAGCGAGCUUGUUCAGGUCAAGUUCUUUGAGACUGAUGAGGUCAGAAGCCACCUACGCUCUGCUCAGGGUGCUCGUGAAAUGGAAAUGGACGAGGCUGCGUCAACGAAACGGUCUGCUGAAGUCAUCCCAUGGAGUGAACCUGUUCUUAUUUCGUUCGAUCCCAAAUACUUUGGUGAUCUGCGGGCCUUGAUGGGUGUAAAACGAGGAGGUACUAAACAGCCCGACUCCCCCGAAGCAACAGCUCAGCAAGCCAGAGAGUCAAAAGUACUCGCGUCUUUCCCAGACCCCAAUUCUGGUCCCACCACCCCCAAGGAGCCCACGGAAACUGCUCAGCCCGAGGCUACUCCCACUCGAUUCCCCCCCUUCAAGGGAAUUCCGCCACCUCACCCCGUCGCCCCACAAGCAAUGGUGCCUCCUAUGGGCAUGGCCCCGAUGGCGCCAAUCGCCCCGAUGGGUAUGAUGGGUAUGAUGCCUGUGUUCCCUAUGGGAUUCAAUCCCAACAUGAUGCAUAUGUUCAACAACCAGCAGAAGAAGUAG